AUGGAUGCUGCGAAGCCUCAGUGGAAUUGGCCAUCUGAUCUCCCUACGGGAGGCCCAGCGCGCAAAAGCCAUUCUGAAGCCGACCUACCCGAGAAGACAGAGCCUAUCAAGUCUGAGGACAAUGGGCAACAGGACAGAGACCAACCCCAGGAGCAACCUCAUUCUCCGCCCAAGCAAAGAUACUAUGGGCCGCGAACAUGUCGCAUCUGCUUCGAGUCGGUUCAUCCUACAUUCGAAGAGCCAAGUGUCAUGAGCGGCUUCAUGAACUCACGUCCACGACCUGUUUACAAAUCCGAUGAUCCCGACUCUGGACGACUUAUCUCACCAUGCAAGUGCAAGGGGUCUCAACGCUAUGUCCACGAAGGGUGCUUGCAAGCUUGGAGGUAUGCCGACUCGACAGCUACGCGGAACUUCUUCGCAUGUCCCACCUGCAGCUAUUCAUACAAGCUGGAGCGAUUAUCCUGGGCGAAUCGUCUGCAAGGAACCUUUGCGCAAAUAGUACUAACUAUCCUCAUCUUCAUCGUUUCGGUCUUCAUUCUGGGCUUCAUUGCGGAUCCAAUAUUGAACUUGUGGACCGAUCCCAUGGGCGCAAUCGCGGAUAUGGCGGCGAAUGUUCUUGACGACAUCGAAGCAAUUCACGAGCCUGUCCCUGAGAUGGGUGCGGAGCCUGGAACAUGGCUGGAACACUUCCUCAAAGGCUUUUUUUCUCUUGGACUGCUUGGGUUUGUGAAGUCUCUCUUCGCUAUGUCACCCGUCCAAUGGUGGAACUUGAGGUCAAGCGGUAUCCUUAGUACUUCUGGACGUCGAGGAGGGACUGGUCGCGCGCGUGUCGAGAACAUCAACUUGGGCUUGGUUGUCAUUGGUGCCGCGACCUUUCUGUGGGGAGUCUGGAAGGGCGUGAGAAAGUUCAGUGCUUCAGCUCUACAGCGUGCGAGCGACAGAGUCUUCGAUGUGGGUGGUGACGAUGAUGAGGAUGAAGAUAUCAAGGAAGACUGA